AUGGUUUUCUUCGGAGCUUUGAUUGAUCGAGUGGGCCGACGAACGGGCGUUGUCGCAGCCACCUCGUUCUUGGUUUUAGGCAUCGCUUUGGCAGCAGCAGCGCAUGGGACAUUCGAGCUGGGCAUGUUUUGGAUGAUGAUAGUUGCCCGAGGCGUGGCUGGUUUUGGUGCCGGUGGUGAAUAUCCGGUUUGCGCUACUAGCGCAACGGAGGCAGCGGAUGAGACAGCCAGUCUGCGGCGAAAAAGAGGGUUUUUGGUCGCAUCAACGACCGAUUUUGCGGUUGACCUGGGCUUUGUUUCCGCUGGUAUCGUUGCUCUGAUCGUCCUUACUUGCUAUCAGCAAGAGGUUACGGGGGGAGUAUGGCGAGUGUGCUUUGGAAUUGGGUUUGUGCUUCCGCUUGUUAUUUGCUUCUUCCGAAUUCGUAUGAUCAAUUCGACCCAGUACCGGAAACACGCGAUCAAAUCACAAUAUCCGUACUGGCUGAUAUUGAAAAGAUAUUGGAAGCCGAUGCUAGGAACCUCCCUUGCCUGGUUUUUCUACGACUUUGUCACCUAUCCGUUCGGGAUCUUCUCGUCGACUAUCAUCUCCGAGUUGAUGUCGGACAAUUCGACGGUUCAGAACAUUGGGUACGGGACCGUAAUCAACUCUUUCAACCUUCCUGGUUGUCUCUUGGGCGGACUGCUUAUGGAUAAGAUUGGCCGCAAGCAAAACAUGACCCUAGGAUUCUUGGUCUGGGCUAUUUGGGGCUUCAUCCUCGGCGGCGCUCUGCACCCCAUCCAGAGCGUCUUCCCGUUGUUUGUCGUGAUGUACGGCAUCUUCAUGGCCCUAGGCGAGAUGGGCCCCGGUGUCUCGACAUUCCUCUGUGCCGCGGAGUCCUUCCCCACGCCCCUGCGAGGUCAUUUCCUGGGUCUGGCCGCCGCGGUGGGCAAAGCCGGAGCGUCAAUCGGGACCGAAGUUUUUACUCCGAUUCAAAACUCGUUCGACUCGACGGCCAAGGGUCAACAAGCAGUGUUUCUGAUCGGCUCUGCAUUCGCCUUGGUGGGCGGACUCAUCGCAUGGUUCCUAAUCCCCGAUAUGUCUCGGGAGUUGGAGACCGAGGAUGCGAGAUUCAAGGCUUACCUGGAGGAGAAUGGGUACGAUAUUGAACAUUAUGGGGAAUCUUUGCAGGUGGACCGGAAGGGUGAAUUCUGA